AUGGUACCAUACGCAACUAGGUACUAUAUUGAGAAACAAUUCCAAGAAGUUUACACAAUUUCAAAAUUCAAAGAAUUUCAAGCAGAGCUAACUGGAAAAGUGUAUUGCAAUAUUACCUCUAUUGAGGUUGGCUAUCCUGAAUCUAGGUACGAAGUCCAAGAAGAUAUCAAACUCAACGAAAGAAAGAAGAAAAAGAGGUUUACGGUUAUGUUUGAGGGAGAGAAGUAUCACAUUGUUUGCAGCUGUCACUUGUUCGAGUUUCGAGGGAUACUUUGUAGACAUGCUCUUUCAGUAUUGAUUCGAAACGAUGUGAAAUUUAUUCCCGACAGUUAUAUCUUGAGGAGAUGGAGGAGAGAUGUUUGUAGAGCAUACACAAGGGUUAAGAUCAAUUACAAUGGUUGGGUUAGCACUCCUGAGCAGGUAAGAUACGAUCAAUUGCAAAGUUUAUCUGCUAAGGUGGCAAAUUUGGUAGUAGAUGAUGAAGAACGCACCCGCAAGUUCAUGGAGUUGCUCGAAAAUCAACUGAACAAUCUAACCAUAUCGAUACCGAGAACAAAUUGUGGCAGUAAUCUCCUUUCCCAAGGCAGUGUUCAAAUCUCCUCUGAUUGUGGUAAAGCUGCAAGGACAUCAUUUGGUCUUAUUUUGGAUCCGUAA